CACCAACACUUGCUCAAUUGCUCUUUCCUUAGGCUGCAAUGGCUAUCACAAAAAAUUACUUCUUCCUCUCUGCAAUAUUCACACUUAUAUUUUUGUUCACAUCUCUGGAUUUCACUGCUGCUCAAAUCGGGGUAUGCUACGGACGGAACGGCGCGGGACUACCCCCUCCAACCCGAGUCGUGCAGCUAUUCAAGCAAUACAACAUCAAAAGGAUGCGAAUCUAUGACACGGACCAAGCCACCCUGGAAGCCCUCCACAUGCAGCUCCAAGACAUCGCCAACAGCCGCCCCAACGCGGACCGCUGGGUCCAAACCAACAUCCGCAACUACGGCAACGUCAUCUUCCGUGCCGUCAUCGUCGGCAACGAGGUCAGCCCGAUCCGAGGCGACACCGCUCAGUACGUCCCGUUCGUCCUCCCCGCCAUGCGCAACAUCCGCGCCGCCCUCGACGCCGCCAACCUCGGCGCAAUCAAGGUCUCCACGGCCAUCGAGACCGAGGUCAUCGACCCCAACACCAACUACCCGCCGAGCAAGGGGGAUUUCCGGGGCGAUGUGAGGCCGUUUCUAGACCCCAUCGUGAGGUUUCUCGUCGACACGGACGCCCCUCUCUUCGCCAACAUAUACCCCUUCUUCGCCUACCUUUACAACAAGGCGCAGAUCCCUUACAACUACGCCUUUCUGGAGGAGGGCGGUGGGAUCAACACCCCGGACGGGAUUUACGACAAUCUCUACUACGCGCUCCUGGACGUAGUGAACGCGGCGCUGGAGAAGAGCACGGCGAGGGUCUUUCCCGACGCGGCCGGGAAGGUGGCCCCGGUGGCGAAAGGGUCGGAGACGGGAGCGGCCAGUGACGGGUCGGGGGAUGCCACGGCGAGCAUUGAGAAUGCGCGGAGAUACAACAAUAAUUUGGUGAGGGUGGUGAAGAGUGGGACGCCGAGGAGGCCGGGCCGGCCGAUUGAGACGUACAUAUUUGCGAUGUUUGAUGAGAAUCAGAAGCCUGGCUCGGCAAUGGAGCAGCAUUUCGGGCUGUUUUAUGCCAACGGGCAGCCAAAAUACCCGAUGAAUUUUAACUAGCUGAAUAUGCCUACUUUUGAUGGUUGAAGAAAAUAAAGGCCUUUGCUAUGUAUGAAGCCUUUGCGGUGUCACACUAUGUGCAUUUGCAAGAAUUGUAAUAAAGAGUUGAUUGAUGAAAUAUACAACCAUUUAAAAGCCCCAAAA